AUGAAAAUAACGCAUUUUAGAGAGCUUAUCAACGGCCAGCUCACAUCGGAGCCUACCCUUCACUCCGACACUUUGGCAACAACUGUCACCUUCUACGACACCCGAGUUGCGAAUAAAUUCCGAAGGGUACUGCGGUCAGUACAAGGUGUGGGUCGAACCACCGAAAAAACUCCGGCAGAGGCCACCACGGUACGUUGGGGUAGUGAGUACUCAGCCGCAUCUAUAUUUCGCCUAUUGAUCACUCAGAAGGCGGUGAGCACCGUUGCCCAGACCAAGAGGCUCCCCCUCUACCACAAGACCCUCUACGGCUGCCAUCAGUGA